GGACAUGUUUUAUGGAUUCUCAGGUCUAACCUCAUUUAAAGAAACAUUUGAAUACAACAUUAUUGGAUAUAUUUGUAUUUUGUAAGAUUAUAAUGUUAAAGUCUAUACCAAAAUUAGAAUGAAACUACCAAAAAAAAAAAAGUUAUCUCUUCCCUCCUCAAAUAAACUCAACUCACUCUACACCCACAAUUGUUUUGGAUAACACAAAAGAAUAAUCAUGGCUAUGUUGUCCCUAACGUCGUCGUUUCAUACUCUCAACAUCCCAAAUCUCCACCACUCACCUCAUCACCAAUCAAACAACCGUCUUGCAAGGGUAAUAAUCAGGUGUUCUUCACCCUCAUCAUCCGCCAUGCCAACACCCACAGCAUCCACCGUCCAUCAUCAUCAGUUUGAUCUUCGUACGUAUUGGACGGCAUUGAUCGAAGAAAUUAAUCAGAAACUUGAUGAAUCAAUCCCAGUUUCUUAUCCUGAAAACAUUUAUGAAGCUAUGCGUUAUACUGCCCUUGAUAAAGCUGCUAAGAGGGCCCCACCUGUUAUGUGUAUCACCGCAUGUGAGCUUUUUGGUGGUCACCGUGCUGCUGCUUUUCCUACUGCUUGUGCCCUUGAAAUGGUUCAUGCUGCUUCUCUGAUCCAUGAUGACCUUCCAUGCAUGGACAACGAUCAAGUAAGACGAGGCCAUGCAGCUAAUCACGUUGUAUUUGGGGAAGACAUGGCAAUUCUUGCAGGAGAUGCACUUUUCCCUCUUGGCUUCAGUCACAUUGUCUCACAUACCCCUUGCGACCUGGUCCCUGAAACACGAGUCCUGAAGGUCAUCGCUGAGAUAGCCCAAACAGUAGGAUCCACAGGUAUGGCUGCUGGUGAAUAUCUGGCUCUUGAAGGUGGGCCAGAAGUUGUGGAUUUCAUUCAAGAAAAGAAGUUUGGGGUACUUGCCGAAUGCUCGGCUGUCUGCGGAGGAAUUUUGGCUGGCGCCAACGACGAUGAGAUCCAACGGCUGAGAAGAUUUGGUAAAGCUGUAGGAAUACUGUAUCAAGUAGUGGAUGAUAUCUUAAAAGAGGAGCAAAAGGCUGACGGAGAGACGAAGAGAAAGGGGGACAAGAGCUACGUGAGUGUUUACGGGCUAGAGAAGGCUAAAGAAGUUGCAGAGGAUCUACGGUCUCAAGCGAGGAAGGAGCUAGAUGGAUUCAAAAAAUAUGGAGAAAAGAUAAUCCCGCUUUAUAGCUUUGUGGAUUAUGCAGCCGAUAGAGGCUUCAGUGUUUGUGGGUGAAUUUUGUUGAGUAGGUAUGAUUCUGAAAAUGCCUUUUGAGUUUUCACUUAUCGAGUAUUGGUAAAUCAGGAGUUAUGUGUAUAAUUCUUAGAUAACGGAGUAGCCUGAUGGUAGCUAAACCUGUCUCCUAGGGGCUUUCCGCGGGUUUACUCUCUUCACCAACAGCAGGGGAAUUGAAGCUCGGCCAUUAGCGUGGCAGUUUGAAGGAUUUCAUCGAUUUUGAAAAAAGAAGGAAUCCUUGUAUGAUUCAUAAAGUAAAGACUGCAAAUAGAACUUUGAGUGCAAAACACAAUGUUUAUAGUAGAGGGAGGUAUUAUUAGAUGAUUUUUCUUGCUUGUAAUUGAUGUAACAUCAGAUAUCAUUUGGAUGCUAAUGCAAUUGCUGCUCUGCAAACUAAAAAAAACAAAAAACAAAAAAAAAGUUUGUUCGCUUUUACUAACGGCAAACAAACUUGUUUAAUUUUUUUGCCUCAUCCAAUGCUAUGACAUUUGCUUUCGUUUUGUUCGCUGUCAGUGAACAAAGAAUUUUGACCUU